AUGCCCCCCUCCCGCGGGGGCCCCUCCAGGACGCCCACCAGCCGAUCGGUGGCGGGCCCCCCCCGUGGCGCCUCCUCCCGGUCCUAUCCUGUGCCCCCGGGCGCCACGCAGCGCCGCGUGCAGUUCAAGAACAGGUUCAAUGAAAACUUGGUGGGCAUCUUCGUGGAGUCGCAGUCGCCCAGCGCCGUGAUCCUGUGCCACGGCUUCGCCAGCCACAAGGACUGGCCGCACUACCCGCUGGUGGCCGCGGAGCUGGCCAAGCGGUCGGUGUGCAGCCUGAGAUUCGACUUCUCGGGCAACGGGGAGAGCCAGGGCGUGUUCGAGUUCGGGAACUACGCCAAGGAGGUGGGGGAGGUGCGGGCGGCGGUGGAGUACGUGCGGGGGCAGCUGGGCAAGAAGGUGGUGGGCCUGGCAGGCCACAGCAAAGGGGGAAAUGUGGUGCUGCUCUACACAUCUCAGCAUGAUGACGUCCCCUUGGUUGUCAACAUCGCUGGCCGUUUUGAAAUGACAAGGGGUAUAGCAGAGCGCUUUGGGGCUGACAUCUUUCAGAAGCUGGAGAAGCAUGGCAAGGUAGAGAUGACACAAAGGCUGCGGCCAGAAGAAGGCGGCGGGGGCCAGUUCAAGUGGACCCUGACAAAACAGAGCAUGGCUGAACGAAUGAAUACGGACAUGGAAGCUGCAGCACGGAAGAUCAAACUAAGUGAAGUCCUGACAGUUCAUGGGACCGCUGACCAAGUCAUUCCAGUGGAAGACAGCCAGAGGUUUUCUGAGUGCAUAAAACCGCAUUCGUUAUUCACAAUUGACGAUGCUAACCAUAAUUUCGCAAACCCAGUGCAUGCCCAAGCCAUGAUUCAGAAAAUCACAAAUUUUUUUACAUCGGGUUUGUGA